GAAAACCAUUGAACUGAAAUACAUAUGAGUGAAAACCUGUUUUUAUAGUCUAUGGUGAGAACGCCGUACCUAUGUAAUUGCAUAAAGAAUACGCUAGAUGGGGGGUUUGUCCUCAAUAUUGGAGAUGCAAACUGUUUCGUUUGCUUAACUAACAAGCGUGACAUAACGAUAGUUUGACAACGUGCACAACUCGUGAAAAAAGAAUUAACCUUAAUUUGUCAGAAUUAAGAUAAACAUAUAUCACACUUGCUUGUGAAAAGACAGUAAGGUUAACUAGCUAAAGUUAUCUAAAUAUCAGCCCGAGACGAGUAUAUAGCGUGUUCUGCUGCAAUAGUUGGCUAGAAAAAAUACAGAAUCUGUAAUUUGCGAAACGAAAACGAACUAAAACCAUUGGCGCAGGUGGGGCGUAAUUUAAACGAAGACAUCCUCAGGAAGUUCCUCUAUUGCCCCGGUUGCAGUUGUGUCGCCGCCAGUAUCCCAUGAUACUGUAGCUUAUUCUCUGACCUCGCCGUUUUCUGUGUCGGUGGUGAACUCGCUGGUGUGCGUCCUCUGCUUGUUGCAUGGUAGACGAUGGCGGCCUCAAAACCUGUCGAGCCGCAGUCAGGCAGCGGUCUUCCCCGUUGGCAGCUAGCGCUACUGGUGGGUGCUCCUAUUGUAUUGGGGGUUGGGGCCAUAUAUCUGUGGAACCGCAGUCGAACGAAAGAGAAGCAAGGCAGACGUGAUGGAGAGAGAAAAACACCAGAAGGCAGCGCCAGUCCAGUCCAGGGCCAAACGGAGCAAGACGGUCCGGCUAACCGAGCUGACAGAGAGCAGGACAUGAGCCCACUGGACCGUGCCCAGGCAGCCAAGAACAAGGGCAACAAGUACUUCAAGGCCAGCAAGUACGAGCAGGCCAUCCAGUGCUACACGGAGGCCAUCAGUCUUUGCCCCAAGGAGCAGAAGGGAGACCUCUCCACCUUCUACCAGAACCGUGCUGCCGCAUACGAGCAGCAGUUGAAGUGGGAGGAGGUGGUGGAGGACUGCUCUCGGGCGGUGGAGAUGAACCCGCGGUACGUCAAGGCCCUGUUCCGCCGGGCCAAAGCGCAGGAGAGACUGGACAAGAAGAAGGAGUGCCUGGAAGACGUCACAGCGGUGUGCAUCCUGGAGGCCUUCCAGAACCAGCAGAGCAUGCUGCUGGCCGACAAGGUCCUGAAGCAGCUGGGCAAGGAGAAAGCCAAGGAGAAGUACAAGAACCGCGAGCCUCUGAUGCCCUCGCCACAGUUCAUAAAAUCUUACUUCAGCUCCUUCACCGACGACAUCAUCUCCCAGCCCCUGCAGAAGGGGGAGAAGAACGAUGAGGACAAAGACAAGGAGGGGGAGGCUGCAGAGGUGACGGAGAGCUCUGGCUACCUGAAGGCUAAGCAGUACAUGGAAGAGGAGAACUACGACAAGAUAGUCAGCGAGUGCAGCAAGGAGGUGGAGUCCAGGGGGAAGCACAUGGCUGAGGCCCUGCUCCUGCGCGCCACCUUCUACCUGCUCAUCGGCAACGCAGCGGCCGCCCAGCCCGACCUCGACCAGGUCAUCAACAUGGAGACCGCUAACGUCAAGCUGCGCGCCAACGCGCUCAUCAAGCGCGGCAGCAUGUACAUGCAGCAGCAGCUGCCCCAGCUCUCCACCCAGGACUUCAACAUGGCCGCCGAGAUCGACACGCAAAACGCCGACGUCUACCACCACCGCGGCCAGCUGAAGAUCCUGCUGGACCAGGUGGAGGAGGCCGUCGGUGACUUUGACGAGUGCAUCCGUCUGCGGCCCGACUCCGCGCUGGCCCAGGCGCAAAAGUGCUUCGGUCUGUACAGACAGGCCUACACAGGGAGCAACCCCUCCCAGGUGCAGACCGCCAUGGACGGCUUCGAAGACGUGAUCAGGAGGUUCCCCAAGUGUGCUGAGGGUUAUGCACUCUACGCACAGGCCCUGACUGACCAGCAGCAGUUUGGGAAAGCUGACGAGAUGUAUGACAAGUGUAUCGAACUGGAGCCCGACAACGCCACCACAUACGUCCACAAAGGUCUCCUGCAGCUCCAGUGGAAACAGGACCUGGACAUGGGUCUGGAGCUCAUCAGUAAGGCCAUAGAGAUCGACAACAAGUGCGACUUUGCCUACGAAACCAUGGGAACCAUUGAAGUCCAACGAGGCAACCUGGACAAGGCCAUCGACAUGUUCAACAAGGCCAUAAACCUGGCCAAGUCUGAGAUGGAGAUGGCCCACCUGUACUCGCUGUGCGAUGCAGCCUACGCCCAGACGGAGGUGGCCAAGAAGUAUGGACUGAAGCCUCCGACGCUGUAACUAUCUCCACCUCCGCCCUUCUCCUCGUGUCGCCCCGCCCUCCUGUCCCGCCUUCAGCUCAACCCGGCCUUCCGAUAUAUUCCAUCAUGUUCUGUUUUAUUUUGUAACGCGUUGACUAAUAAUAAAAGAGAAACAGUUCUGCGAUCAUAGAAUUAUGUGUUCUGCAUAAUUGUAAUGUGAAAUUCACAUUUUUUUGGUUCAUGUAAACUGUUGGGUUGUUUGACAAGGGAAAGAAUCUGUUCUUCCAGGUCACAAUGUAACAAGGAAGCAAAACAUGCCAGUGACUACAAAAUGUACCCUUCUGCCACCAGAAGACUUCUAUGUGGUGUCCAAGAAUCCUAUUAAAGUCCCACACAACACUAACACUAUAACAGUAUGACAUCCAUAUCAGACUAAUGCCACUGGCUGAGCGAUUGGUUGACGGCCUCACUACGCAGCAGUGUGCACUCUUCCUCAAUCACCCGAGUCCAAACCCAUCUGUUUUAAAAAGCAAUAGAAUUUAUCUGACACACCACUGGCAUGUAUUGGCUUGUGUGCAUAAAAUGCCAACUGUGGUUGUAAACCUGACACUCGGGUCAACACUAUCUUUUAUGAGACCAACAAACGUAGUGCCACUAAUGCGGAAGGCUCCCCAUCGAGAAGCAGUGUAGUUGCUCUGUUUUAUGGUUAUAUUGUUUUUGAAAAAAUAAAAAUUGAUUACAGCAGGGCUGCCCAACUCUUUCAGGAGAUCUGCUGUCCUGUUUGCUUGCAUUUCAACCCUAAUUUGGCACAGGUUCUAGUAAUUUGCGGCUUGGUGAGAUCUCAAGCAGGUUGGAGUGAAAACUUACAGGAUGGUCUGUCUUCAGGUCCUGUACCUGACGAUGGCUGGGGAGCCCUGUAUUAGAGACACAGUGGGGGGGACGUCCCCCCCUCCCCCGAAAGCAGUGGCUGAAUGAGUGACUAAACAAAUUGGAAAAUGGUGAAACGCCACGUUGGGCGAAUGCCGAGGUGCACAGGGGCAACAGGGCGGUCUCCCCUGGCAUUGAACCUGAACCUCUUCCACAUCCUUAAUGGAUCCACAGCACUUAAAGCACAGUGCUAGACCACUCCCGUGGUCACGGUUUCAUUUUUGCCAUUGUUAUUUCUGUUGACAGUGUGUGUGGCAACCCUGCAACCCUUGGUCUUGAUAUGCCUCAUGUAAGGCUGUAUGAGACUUCAGUUAAAAGACCUGUAUGUGUAAUUCAGUAUGCGUAUGCGUGUGUGUGUGUGUGUGUGUGUGUGUGUGUGUGUGUGUGUGUGUGUGUGUGUGUGUGUGUGUGUGUGUGUGUGUGUGUGUGUGUGUGUGUGUGUGUGUGUGUGUGUGUUCUGCUUUUGAAGUGCGAAGAUGUCUGGGAUUAACAGGCAACUCAUGAUUUGGGCUGUACAAUGUUUUUUUUUUUUUGUUUUGUUUUUUACAUUCUGUAUAGCAUGUGCGGGAUUCAUCUUUCUGAAUGAACGUUGAUAUGAUUCUAGUGCUGUAAUAGUGCAUUCUGCUCAUCCAGUUGUUCUGUUAUGGAUGGGUUUCAGUGAAAUACCCUUUCUGAAUUAAUUCUAUAAAUCUGUUUCUUUUUCCAAUGAUGGUUUUCUUUUCUUUUACUGUUAGGGGAAUGUCCGGCUUUACUUUUUUUUUUUUUUUUUUUUUUUUUACAUCCGUGUUUCAUAGCUUUUGGAAAGUUGGCUUUCUCUAUGCCAAGUUACCAAGGUGGUGUGUUCAAGUACAACUAUGCAUCCAACUUUUGUCAUUUUUUUAAUUUGGUUUUGAACUUUGACCACACCCAAAAUAAGACCACACCCACACAUCUUGUGCAUUGUCACCCCCUUCCCCCCCUUUCUCAUCUCUUUCAAAUCAAAUUUUGCGUUAUUUAAUUAAAAGUCACACGUUUGAAGAAUUACACAACCUCUGGAGCCAUGUCAUUUCUGUUUUAUAAGGCCCCCCAAAAAAUUACCUGCACCAGGGAUGUGCAAGGGGGGCCUUAUCAGUUUCUGCAUUUCAUACCAAAUUGUGCUCUCAAUUAUUUCAUCAGCCCAAUUAUUUACUAAAUCUGUCAUUUUUAGCCACAUUCCAUGAUAUAAGCAGCAACUGAUGUUUUUGUCUUGGAGCAUUAUGUUGUGGUUUAAUUUAAUUUAGUGAAUUGAUCUUGUUGUAUGUGGCUAAUUAGCUGCGCCAGGGUAACUGGUGGCAGCAAAAUCCUGCAUACACACCGGCCUUCCAGGACUGGAAUUGCCCAUGGACAGUUGUGAACGGCAGAUAUUGGCAUGCUGUGAGCCGCAGCAACGAGACUGGCGUUCGGUGUAGUUUUCACACGAAAGGACUGAUCACACCGCAUUUCAGUCCACUCUGCAUUUUUUGUCCAAAACCCCUUGAUGGAACCCAUCACUGCAGUUCUGAAACACUGUGACAUCUGCUUUUUUCAAUAUGCUUCAGCGCAAACGUCUUAAGUUUUAGUGGGGAAUUAACUUUAGCGGUAGUUAGGAUUCCAGCAUGCAAUACUUGAGCAAGGGGUUGGUCAUUUGGUAUAGGAAUGCAAGCUGACUUUAGGUGUGUAUUCUGCCAGACGAUUCUAAUUUUGUUGCAGGGUUCUUUUGCACAUAUAUGGAUUUUCUUUCAGUUUCAAAAGUCUUGACAGAAUACCAUAGUUCUGCUAAUACGCCCAUUGGAUAAGUGAAAGGGACUGGAAAUUUGUGUGACGUACACUUCUAUAUCCCUUAAUACCAAAUGAGGCUUUAAGGUAGAGAUGCCAGUUUAUUGUCACUUAGAGAAAUGUCAUGUUCUGACAGCAGUAUGACUCUUUGCUUCACUAAUUUGUUGUCUCAAAUGACUCAAAUGACAUUUAUUAUGGCAUCCUGAACCCAUCAAGCCAGAAUAUGCCCUGUGCUGUUGGUACAGUGAUUGUUGUGUAAAUUGAAAUAGGCUGUGUAUCUAUCACACAGCACACUUGUCUGUAUCAUAUGUCUGGGCAUUCGGCAUUCCUUAAGUGUCCAGCUGCCUGGUCAGCCAGGGGGAAGAGAAUAUACGUACACACACUCAAGUGACCACUUUAAUAGGUAUUUAUUAGUCUUAUUUUUUACACUUCUGCACCUGUAAUCCAUCCACUUCAAAGUUAAAUGUGUUGUGUGUUCAGAGAUACUCUUCUGCAUACCACUGUUGUAACAUGCCGUUAUUUAAUUGUCACCUUCCUGAGAGGUUGAACCAAUCUGGCCAUUCUCUUCUGACCUCUCAUUAACAAGGCCUUUUCACCCACAGAACUGCUGCUCACUGGAUGUUUUUAGUUUUUUCACCAUUCUUUGUAAACUGUAGAGACUGCUGUGUGUGAAAAUCCCAUGAGAUCAGCAGUGUCUGAGAUACUUAAACCACCUCUCUGGCAUCAACAAUCAUUCGAUGGUCCAAAUCACUUUAGAUCAAAUUUCUUCACCAUUCUGAUGUUAGGUCUGAAUAACAACUGAACUGCUUUACAAUGUCUGCAUGCUUUUAUGCAUUGAGUUGGUGUACAGGUUUACCUAAUAAAGUGGUCAUUGAGUGUAUAUAAGACAAUUCUGUCUGUAUUGGGUUUUUUCUUCUUCUUCUUUUUUUUUACUAAUUGUGUCAACAGAACCUGAAAUGAAGUACAUUCAUGUACUUCAUUUUGUAGUCCUAAAUUUGUAGUCCUAAAUUUGCAAAGGAAAAUCUGUUUAUGUGGCUCUGAAAUGCAUUCUCUAGUCUUCCAUGUUGUGGUUAUGAUUCUAGUCAAAUGCAUGUCAGUUAAGCAUCUGCCACUGUGUUCAUGGGCGUGCAGAUGCACACCCCCUGAUGUGUGCAGUGAAAAAGCAUGAUAACUGCUGUGAAGUUGCAGAAAGGAUUUAUUUUCUAGUUUGGAACAUGCGGUCCAAACUGCAGAUGAAGAAUGCAUGCCCUGGUUCCUCGUCAUAUGUAGGCCUACCUCCUCAUCUCGGACCGAAGACUGGCUUUCUGUCAACUGCACUGAGAAAAUUGAAAUCUGGAUUUUCAUUUUUGUAAAUUGAUUGCAGCCCUGUACAUUUACAAAAUAAAAGUAUGUUUAAACUGUG